AUAUGGAAGCAGUCGGCUCCACACCUAACAAUUUGUAUAGAUCCAUUUUUUUCCCUUUUAUUCCACUGGCCGGUGAAUUAUAGCGCCUUCUCGGAAGGUUAUAUAGCGUACUCUCAAGACUCAAGACUCGGAGGUAAGCCAAAGAGGUCUUCUUGUUCUUCUAGAUAUAGUCACAACUAGAACUUAAGGUAGAGAGAAUCCUUCUCUGGCCGCUCUCAGAAUCUUCUAAUCUAGUUGCCUCUGGAUUUCAGAUUCUUAAUCGAAUCUGAUCGAAUCUCAGUAUAUUUUCUCAGAAUCUUCGCUGGAAGAUUCCGAGAAAUCUAUGCAAGAGACGAGAAUCCCACGUGUCCCACGAAUUGGCAGCGCGCCCGUACCAAAGGAUUAUGAAGAGCGACGCGAACCGAACAUAUUUCUGCAGCGGUGUAUUUCUGAGUCGUCGUGGUUUUCUGUGCGUCCCAUCCGCGGGAUCAUGCAAGCACCUCACAAAGACCGUACGAGAGAAGGAAAAAAUUAAAUAACUUGAUAUCAGCGUGAUUAUAAGCGGCAAAUGACUACACAACACGAGAAUCGUGACCGGCAUGUGACACUAACCUUCUUCUUCUUCACGCCUUUGGAUUUUCGGUUCAACACUAACCUAAUCUGACCCGCCUCGACCAUUCAUGCGGUAUGUUCUUUUUGAGGACGGUGCAUGCACUUUCUUAACACGGUACAUCUUCCCUCUUUUUCUCUUUACGUUGGAGAAAACAAGAGAAGAGAUGAGCGGUGCAUGCACCGUCUUCGAAAAGCGCGUGGGAGAGAGAGAGAGAGCAACGAUUGAGGUGCAGAGCAGAAGGUGCGAGCGACGCGACGACGGCGUUCCCACUGUUCGAAAAUCGAAACAGCGGGAAUUCGGGAAAAGUGUCGGUGCCUGCUCCGCGGAGCAACGUGCGGAGAAUCGACAUUUUUUCCGAAACAAGUAUUACACCCCAGGUCCUUUUUGUACAAUAUGGAUAAUGAUGGCGUGAAUUUUCACAACAUCGCGGACAGUAUUGAACACGAUUUGAAGGAAAAGAAAGUAAAGGAAUCAUUUUUAUUAUUGAAACGAAAAAUGUGUAAGACACACGAUUUAAUUAAGCAGUAUUCCGAAAAUAUGAAAGAAAUCGAGCGUCUAAAGACAGAUUUGGAGGUCGCAAAGAGAGAGGCCAAACACACAAUAACCAAUUAUACAACUGCCAUGGAUAGGAUAAGGGAAUUAGAACUUAAAAUCGUAGAAGAUAAGCAAAGUAAUGAAAAGUUAAUAGAAGAGAUAAAUACGUAUAAGAUAAAUAUAGCUGCGGACGAACAGAGAAUAAAACAAUUGACAUGUAAAUUAAACAACCUGGAAGCCGAACAUUUUAACUGUUCCAUCGUAAAAGUGGAACAAAAAACGAAUAAACACACUGUACAACAAUUAAAAUCUACGAUAAAAGAUCUGAAAGACGGACUUACUGCUAAAGCUAUGGAAUAUACUCUGGAAAAGUCAUGUUUUGAAGACCAAAUCAAAGAAUUAAAACAAGAAUUAGAAAGGUUGAAGGCAAAAGUUGAAAACUACGAGAAGGAAAAAAAGGAAGUUUCUGCAGAUACGGCUAAAUCAAGUACAACUUCAGAUAUUGGUAUUAAUGUAUCGCUAUGCGAUAUUGAGUCGAGCGUAAAGCCGAAAGUACGAAACCAAUAUAUUCUGACUGACGAAUUUUAUAACAUCAAAAAUGAUCCGCAUCCAUUGUUUUGUGCAAAAUGUGAAGCUCAUUUGCCUCCAGAAUUGACUCCUGAAAUGAUAUUCAAAACCAUGACCACGUAUCCGAAAUUAAUUGAGAAAGAUUUAUCUCUUCCACCAAAGAAGAUUUAUUCGCCGUCGUGUUCAUUACCUAGUACAUACCCGGGUUCCAUAAAUAGAAAUGAAGACACUCUUUCUAAAGUAUCUGCACCGCAAUUGAGUCCGUACAGCCUAUACAGUGAAUCAGUAGUGACCAAUCUGAAAUCUCAGUCGGGACGAUCGUCCGCGAUGACACAGGUCUCCGAAAGUGUUGAAUUGAGAAAUGAUAAUUUGCAUUUACCAACCAAUCCGAUGUCCAGUAAUGUCAGUUCAGUUCCUACAAUGCUUACCUUGUCUCAAAAUAGAAAUUGCACGAGGGAGGAUUUCUACUCCAACGAUUUGCUGACCAAACACUCGUCGUCUAUUAAAGAAAUGGAAAGGAAAAUUAGGUCUUUAGAAGGUAAAAUGAAGAAGUUCCGAAGAUUGGAGGAAAAGAUGAAUUCCAGUUCUCACUGUUGCAGCACGAAUCACGCAAACGAUAUCUCGCUAAACUCGAGUGUGAUUUCCAUGAUCUGCAAAGGUAUGGCGGAGUUCUACGAGAGAAGAGAAGCAUAUUCGAAAAAUGAGCGAGAUAUUGAUUCGGAAAGGUGUACGCGUUGCACGAAGAAGACGAAGCUGAAGAGGCGACAGCAACAGUCGAACAGAUGUAACGCGUGUGAAAACACGUGUUCGUGGAAGAUUAAUAAGCUCGAUGAAAAUGAUCGAGUACGGGAUUCGUGUUGCAAGACCAAGAAUGCCACGAAGACGGCUGGUAUUUUACAAUCCGAGCACGCGUCGUCGAACGUACAUGAGAACAAUUCGUCGUCGGAUACAUCUAUGUCUCUUAACGACGAUGUGUCUCUUGAUGAAACUGAAGACAAAGAAGAGUUCGUCUAUGAACAAAAUAUAUUGCAUUCAACGGAAGUGGAAUCCGUCGAAGAUAGUUCACGUUCAAGCGCUAACGAAAUAUGUGCGAGCGAUAAUCUCUUAAGCAAAGAUAAAGAUGAUGUAGAAGACGUUGAUAUAGAUAAUCAAACAGAGGUUGGAACGGUAUUCUUGUCUGAAAAUGUCACUGAUCGUCCUAAUGAAAAAAUUGCCAUUAAUGCAGAGACAAGUAAAAUGAGAAAAGAGAGCGAAAGUACACGUGAAGAUAAGGCUGACGAAGUACAUGCAAACGAUAAUAUAGAAGUCUUAAGCAAAGCUAAUGUAGAGGAUAUCGACAUGGACAAUCAGGCGGAAGUUGUAACGAUAUUCUUACCUAAUAAUGAAAAUUUCGCUGAACAUACUUACAGCAAAACUGUCGACAUUAAUACAGAGAAAAAUGAAAUAAAAGAACAGGUUCAAGAUGUGUGUGAAGAUAAGGUUGGCGAAAUACAUGCAAGUGAUAAUCCCUUAAGCAAAAAUAAUGAAGCUACCGGCACGAAUAACCAGACAGAAUUUGAGAUGCUAUUGUUACUAAACGAUGAAAAUUUCCUUAAUCAUAUCGAUGCCAAACUUCUCGAAAUUAAUGCAGAGGAGACUAUUGACAUGGAUAACCAGACAGAAGUUGGAACGGUGUUAUUGUUUGACAAUGAAAAUUCCGCCGAUGAUGGCAAAAUUGGUGAUAAUGAUGCAGAUAAGAUUGAAACAGAAAGAAAGAGCCAAAGUACAUGUAACGAUAAGAUUAGUGAAGUACAUGCAAGCAAUAAAUUCUUAGACAAAAAUAAUGCAGAAGCUGUGGAUAGUCAGAUAGAAACUACAACGAUAUUAUCCAACAAUGAAAUUUCCAUUGAUCAUUCUUAUAGUAUAAGUACCAAUAUUAAUGCGGAGAAAAAUAAAAUAAAAGGACAGAAUCAAGAUACACUUAAAGAUAAAAUCGACGAAAUACAUGCAAGCGAUGAUCUCGGUAAAAAUAAUGUAAAAGUCAUCGAUACGAAUAACCAGACAGAAAUUGGAAUGACUGCCUUGUCUAACGACGAGAAUUCGGUUGAUCAUACUGAAAUUGUCAACGUUGCAGAAGAGGCUACUGAUAUGGAUAACAGGACAGAAAAUGGAACGGUAUUCUUAUCUAAUGAAAAUUCCACUGAGGGCAAAGUUGCUGAUAAUAAGGCGGUCAAAAAUGAAAUAAAAAGAAAGGGCCAAAAUACGCACGAGGAUGAGGUUGGCAAAAUAAAUACAAGCGAUAAUUCUACUAAUGAUAUCAAAAUUGUUGAUAAUAAUGACAAAAUUGAAAUAAAAAGAAAGGGCCAAAAUACACACAAGGAUGAGGCUGGCAAACUAAAUACAAGCGAUAAUCUCUCGAGCAAAGAUAAUACAGAGGCUAUGGAUGACCAGACAGAAACUGAAUCGAUUGAAUCCUUAUCUAACGAUAGAGAUUCCACCGACCAGGCUGUUGGCAAAAUUAUCGUUCUUAAUGCAGAAAAAAGAAGGAAAAGAGGCCAAGGUAUACAGAAGGGUAAGGUUGGCGAUCGCAUAUUGAAGAAACUUCGGAGCUUGAAGAGGAAGACGCAGGCGAGUCCGUGCGUAAACAAGCAGAAGAAUGUCGAAUCCUAUUUGAAUUCUAGUGUUGAAUAUGAAUUAACGAAAAAACCGCGAAUUGAGAAUGAAGACAAGAUUAGCUCGAAAAUGAAGCAAGAUUAUGGCCCGCUGGAGCAAAUUAAAAUUUUGAAAAGGAAUUUAGAUACACAAGCGGAACCUGUGAAUAAACAGGGAGACAAUAAUCAUUAUGAACCGACGAAAAAAUUACGAAUUGCACAUACCCCGAAAACGUCCGUUGAUCAGUCGAGCACCAUUAAGAGUGAUUUUACGCAUAGCAUGAUAAGAAAUAUAGCUACUUUAGCGAUUCGACGGAUAGAUAGUGGAAAGCAACAAUUAAAUAAGAAAAAUAAUUUAACUGAAAUCAAGAAAAUUGUUACAAGAAAUAAGUGCGAUGAGAAAAGCGUUGUCAAUUCUAUCGAAACAAAUAAUAUUGAUAUCAGGCCUGUACGAAGACCUCCUCAAAAUAAUGAUACCACUUCGUCUGCUGUUGAACAUGUUUUUGAAUUUGGAAAAAGUGAUAACGUCUCUACUGAAGGUACAAACAAUCGAAGUGUCUCAGUGGACAGAGUAAUAGAGACGUCGAACGACGAACCGAGUGUAUUACAUAAUGAUACUGCAAACGAUACGACGAAUAAUUCAGAAAUUGAGGAAUCAAUUCUAUUGAGAACACGAGUUGUUACACGCUCUAAAGACUCGAAAGGCAACAAGGUCAGCAAAGCACUGGAACGAAUUAAAACUAGAAAAGAGACAAUCACUGAAUGUACGUCUGAGACACUUGAAAGUAAGAAUAACAAUCAGAAAAUAUCAAAGAACGCGAUUUCGAAUGACGAGUCGUCGGUUCUGCAGGAUCGAUCAACCGUGUUGGAAGUAACGCGAAAUGGAGAUCGUAAUAAUAGCGAUACACUUGACGGACCUAUUGAAGUUCCUAUUCUACGUUCACCGUCGUCACCGAGGGACAGCGGUAUCGUGGUUGAGGGCUGUACAAUUGACGGUAGCAUGAAAGAAUCUCUCGAUGAAGUAAAAAGUGCAAUAAACGAGCGAGAAGAAGCGUGCGUUAAUAAGGAAACAGGUGGAAUACGGACUAUCAUGACUCGGAGAAGAAGUGCGAGUCAACGAGGUAAAGAGAAGGAGUUUAACGUUAUUUCUCAUCGCGAUGUCGAGGAGUCUCAGAGCCGCGACAACAGUGAGACAUCCGACCCUACCUACGUUCUACGCUCACCGUCACCGAGGAACAGUGGUAUCAUUUUUGAAGAUUCUAAAAAUGACAAUAGCAUGAAGAAGUCUGUCGAGAAAACGGGAAAUUCGAGAAACGAACGAGAGAAGACGUGCGUUUAUAAUGAAGCAAUAGGGGUGCAUGAUGUCGAUGGAGAACUCCAGACGCCAAUGAUGUCACGAUUAGUUGAAUAUAUUAAUGAAAAUAAGAAAUGUGCCAGAAGAUAUAAGAGGACACGUAGAGAGAUAGAAAACGCUCGAGAAGUAGCAGAUAUAUUUAUAAGGCACCAAUUGAACAGACUUAUAAACAGUACCUGGGAAAAUUCUAUACAUGAUGAUGUAGUAAAAAAAUUAAACAACACGUGCGGACCUCGUAUCAUAGCCAAAUGCAUAUUGGAGUUUUUACUGUCGGAGGAGGUCGAUCACAGUGAACCCCUGGACAACACAUACACUCCCCCAGCACCGUUGAUGACGACAUUCGAGCAGAAGAUCAUAGCGUUACUGUUCGAUUUGGAAGUGUCGAAGCCGACGGUGAUUCAUUUCGUACAAGCCGCCAUCGAAUAUCAUCUGUGUAAACUUAGCACACAUAGCGAAGUGAAGGUCCAAAUUGACUCGCUCACGCGGAUAUACGUCAACCUGUCGCGUAUUCAGAAGGAUAGGGAAAAAGUACGCAUGUUGUGUUGCAGUGCUCUCUAUUGCAUGGGCCUUCAGUCGAUACGCGUUUUGUAUACAAUAUUAACGUGCUGGUCUGAAGUUCUUCCGAAUGCCGAGGCUCACAAAGGAAUACUACCAAAGUGCGUAGCCUUCCUUAUCAAUUCGUAUCACAUCAGCGAUCCUCACACGAACACUCUAAAGCGGUUACUAAGCAAAUUAAUUGCGUUAAAGCAAUUGAUAGCGAAAUUUUAUAACUAUACUUUCAUUGAUGAGACAACAAAUGAUAUGAUCAAAGAACUCGUAACUGCUCUCAAAGCCGAACGGAUCGACGGCUUGGAUACAGCCAUUAUACUUGUUGCAAAGCGAGAAGGGCCGUCUUCGACGUAUAAAAAUAUUAUUGAUUCUACUCUACUGCCAAUGAUCAUCAGAGAAGAGCAUCCAAAUGUAUAUAGUACAUUUUCCUUACUCGGAAGGCUUCUGCGCGCAUUCCCAACAACAGAUAAUGACAAUAUUGUGCAGAACAUCAGUGAACAGCUCCGUGACCUCAUCCAAUCUGGCCAAGUUUCGCACGAACUGCAAGAAGGUAUAAUAUCUACGUUGCUCAGCAUUUCAAGACACAACUUCAACAUCGUCGCGUCGUCUGUGAUAAAGUGGAUACCGAGUAAACCUUUAAGGCCGAUUAUCGACAGGCAGUUAGAGACGUUCCUAAAUUCACGCAACUCAAAGUUUUGGAAGAAUUUCUUACAGAAUGAACAAAUUGGACUUAACCAAAGUAAAGCGUGAUUAAAUUGUGUAAGUGUAACAUUUGUUUUUUUGUUUUUUUUUUUCAAUCAUUAUGUAAUCUGCUCACAGCUUACAGCUAAUUAAGCAGAUUUACGAUGCAUUAAGCAGAAUUACAAUGAAAAAUGAGUAUUGUCAAUUAGGAACGUAAUGCUUAAUGCUUAAAAAUUUUGAAUCACUUCGUCUGUUAUUUUGUUUUAACAAAGUUAACUUAAUGAAGAAAGAACAUAACUUUGUGAUUUACAAUAAUUUGUUGUUACUUUCUCACUUGCCAAUCUGACAUAUGAUAUAAUUUUGAUUUAAUAUUUCUACUAAUUCACAUAUUAAUGUGUUCAUUCAUAAAAUAGAUUAAUUUUUGUUUCUUAAUUUACUAUAAAAUUUUGCACAUUGUUAAAAAAUUGUUUUUUAGUUUUAAUGUUUAGGAGAGAAUUACUUUUCAUUGUAUUUAUAAAAUAUUGAAAUGUUUCUUUGAUUUGGAACAAGUAAUAUCUCCUUUUGUAAAAAAUAUAUAAAAUAUAAAAUUAUGUCUUAUACAUCGAGAUCACUUUUCACGAAACUCCUCUUAAAUAUCCUAAAGAUAAUCAUAUUUUCCGAUUUUCGUUUAAAGAUCCGAAAGGCUUGAAGAAAGAACGUAUCUAUUAAAGAACAUAAUUAGAGAAUCAAUGAGAUCGUGGCAAAGAAAUAAUUUUGUACACACUUAGUGCCUCUUAUUUUUUAUUUGAAAUUUAAAUACAUUUAUGCUCCUUAAAUGUAGUGUAGCUAACCAGCGGAAAAAUGCAAUAAAACGAGUCAAAUGAAUAUUGAGUAAAAAAUAAAAAUUAUAAUAUUCCGAUCAAUAUUUUAGCAACGCAUUGAAUUAAAUUUUAUUUCUAAAAUACAAUUGUGGGACAAACGUUGACAUUACAUCAUUUCAAUGAAUAUAUAUAUUUCCUCGUAAUACAUUAUCCGAAUACAUCACAAUAAUGUCGCUGGAUGUUCUCCCUGGAAAAGGCCAGAGAGAAAAGAAAAAUGUUGAAAAGUGAGAGAAAUGUUCUCUCUGAGAAGGCAAAAAUUUCGAGUGGCAAAAAGUGCAAGCGACUCGGACUUGUCCAAGACUUGGGGAAUUUUGGGGCAUUCAGGGCUUAGGAAAUUUUGUCGUUCGCGAUUGGCGCGCCGGCGCCAUCGAUUGAUUCUAGGCAUUCCAGCUCCGCAACGGUCAGAAACUUCGCGAAGGAUGGCACCAGUUAUUGGCGUUUACAGCCGGUGUCGGGCCGGUGUUACCUUCUCGAAAGAGCGUCUCUCUCGUGAAGAUACUGACCGGCGCCGCCGCUGUCGCCGUCGUCGUUCGCCGGUACACGCACAGUGCCCUCGGAUCCGGACGAUCCGGUCCAGUUUGGUCCAGUUUCAUCAUUCGGAGGCAUAUCGGGGACGUGUCGCACACGUCCGCGCUGUCACACGAAAUAAAGGAACGACGGUCGAGCGAGCGUUGAGGUUGACGAAACUUGAAAUUUAUACUUAAAAAAUUGGACUUUAUAUUAUUCCCAUUAUUAUGUCUGCGUUAUAAUUAUUUUACGAUAAAGACUGAUUUAUUUACAUAAAAAAAA